GCAAGCGAGCCAAGCGCGGCCUCAUUAGACCACGGGUUGCAGCCGGAGCGGCUGGGAGGUUCGCGCGCUUCUCAGGGGUCGGUCGGAGGCGGGGAGGCCGGAGCUGCGGGCGUAGGGACCUGGUGGCUCCUGAAGCGCACGCGGGCGGGCGGCAGGAUGGGCCUCUCCGCUGCGGCCCCGUUGUGGGGUCCCCCGGGGCUGCUCCUGGCCAUCGCCCUGCACCCAGCGCUGUCGGUGCCCCCGCGCCGGGACUACUGCGUGCUGGGCGCUGGGCCCGCGGGCCUGCAGAUGGCCUACUUCCUGCAGCGCGCUGGACGCGACUACGCAGUGUUCGAGCGGGCCCCGCGGCCCGGCAGCUUCUUCACACGCUACCCGCGGCACCGCAAGCUCAUCAGCAUCAACAAGCGGUACACGGGCAAGGCUAACGCCGAGUUCAAUCUCCGCCACGACUGGAACUCUCUGCUCAGCCACGACCCCCGGCUGCUCUUCAGACACUACUCGCGUGCCUACUUCCCCGACGCCCGCGACAUGGUGCGCUACCUGGGUGACUUCGCGGACACACUGGGGCUCCGUGUCCAGUACAACACCACCAUCGCCCACGUCACUCUGGACAAGGACCGACAGGCCUGGAAUGGCCACUACUUCAUCCUAACUGACCAGAAGGGCCAGGUGCAUCAGUGCAGCGUCCUCCUUGUAGCCACUGGUUUAUCAGUCCCCAACCAGGUUGACUUCCCUGGCUCCGAAUAUGCAGAGGGUUACGAGUCCGUGUCCGUGGACCCUGAGGACUUUGUAGGCCAGAAUGUGCUGAUCCUGGGUCGUGGGAACUCGGCCUUUGAGACGGCAGAGAACAUCUUGGGUGUCACAAACUUUAUCCAUAUGCUCAGCCGCUCCCGGGUCCGUCUGUCCUGGGCCACCCACUACGUUGGAGACCUCAGAGCCAUCAACAAUGGCCUGCUGGAUACCUACCAGCUGAAGUCCCUGGACGGGCUGCUCGAGUCUGACCUGACGGAUCUGGCCAUCCUGAAGGACAGCAAAGGCAAGUUCCAUGUCACCCCGAAAUUCUUCCUGGAAGAAGCCAGCACCAACCAGAGUGCCGACUCCAUCACCCUCCCCCAGGACGACAAUGACAACUUUGCCAUGCGCGUGCCCUAUGACCGGGUAAUCCGCUGCCUGGGCUGGAACUUUGACUUCUCCAUUUUCAAUAAGUCCCUCAGACUUAACUCGGGAAAUGCAUUCGGCAAGAAGUACCCGCUGAUUCGAGCUAGCUACGAAUCCAAAGGAAGCCGGGGUCUGUUUAUCCUGGGUACCGCCAGCCACUCGGUGGACUACCGGAAAUCUGCUGGGGGCUUCAUCCACGGAUUCCGAUACACAGUGCGUGCUGUUCACCGGCUCCUGGAGCACCGCCACCACAGCGUCACCUGGCCCGCCACCGAGCUCCCCAUCACACAGCUGACCAGCUCCAUCGUGCGGCGCGUGAAUGAGGCUUCUGGGCUCUACCAGAUGUUCGGUGUGCUGGCCGAUGUCAUCCUGUUGAAGGAGAAUUCCACGGCCUUUGAGUACCUGGAGGAGUUCCCCAUACAGAUGCUGGCCCAGCUGGAGACACUCACAGGGAGGAAGGCAAAGCACGGGCUCUUUGUCAUCAACAUGGAAUAUGGCAGAAAUUUCUCUGGCCCCGACAAGGACGUCUUCUUUGAUGACCGGUCUGUGGGGCACACAGAAGACGCCUGGCAGUCUAACUUUCUUCAUCCCGUCAUCUACUACUACAGAUACCUCCCCACCGAACAGGAGGUGAGGUUCCGCCCUGCACACUGGCCCCUGCCUCGGCCCACGGCCAUCCAUCACAUCGUGGAAGACUUCUUAACAGACUGGACUGCCCCUAUCGGGCACAUCCUACCUCUGAGGCGCUUCCUGGAGAACUGUUUGGACACCGAUUUGCGAAGCUUCUAUGCAGAGUCCUGCUUCCUGUUCGCCCUCACGCGCCAGAAGUUGCCACCCUUUUGCCAGCAGGGGUACCUGAGGAUGCAGGGACUCGUGAGUACUGAGAGCCUUCGGCAGCACAGAGUGGAGAGCAGGCUCCUGCGGGACUAUGCCCCCACAGGCAGGCGCCUGGAGGACAGCAGCCAGCAGCUUGGCGACCAAGAGCCACUAGGUUCCCCACUGGCUCCAGGGCCUCUGGCUCAGUCCCUCGAUAGCAACAAAGAGGAGCUCUGACUGUCCCUUCCUAGGCUGUGGGCACAGUGGCCAGGCCUCCCCACCUAGGCCCGUGGUCAGUCCCUCUUUCCCCGCAACCUCACACUCCCGCCAAUGCGUGAUUGCCAAAGACCACUCAGAUCAUGGCAGUGUCUGCAGCAAAGCCACCAGACGGCACGUGAGGGCUAAAAGUCGGGGAUGCAGUGGUCUCCUCCCUCCUGUCAGGGGGCAGAAGAAGGGCAUCCUCUGCCAGGUGGGAGCUGCCUUCCCCAGCCCAGUUUGUCUGCAAUGGAGCUGUCGCUGAGCCCCAGGCCAGCCCAGUUCUGCCCCCUCUCAAGUGCUCCUCUUCCUUCCAAGCCCCUCCUCAGAUGGGCCUGCAUCCCGCCUGUGGAGCGCUUCACAGGGGAAACCCAUCCGCAUCUUAAGGGUUUGUGGCAAGCGCUUUAAAACAAAAGCUCUGAUAUCCUCAACAACCACAACGGGCAGGUGGGAUUGUUGCCCCAGAUGACUGCUGAAGACACCAGCUGAGGGAUGUCAAGUAAUUCCAGGGACCCCCAGCUGGGAGUCCCCGUCUGUGUCACUUGCCACACACUGCCUCAACCUCCCCGCCCCAUUUUCAGCAGGGUUUGGACUUAGCUACGGAGCCCAAGAGGGUCAGCCCUGCUUAUCAUCAUAGGCCCAGCGGGCUGAUCUCGAGCAGCGAUAGGACAGCUCCCUGCAAAGCCAUCUUAGCAACUUUCUCACUGAGAAGCAGGAUUCAGAGCUGCUCUCCCCAGUUGCACCCCCUGACUCAUCUUCCAGCUGGCUCUUCUCUCCCAUCCUACUCCCUUCCGUCUCCCUGCCCUCUGCCAUCCUGAACCAUGCCUUGCUUCUAACCUGCCUGGUCAAGUUUUGUGAAACUUAUCCUGCUGUCUCUGGGGCGGGCACCCAUAUGUGCUCACCAUGUGUAAGGUGACAUUUCCUAAUGCCUUUGUGUGAUAAUGAUGAUGAAUUUGG